AUGCCGGCGCUCGGUGCCGUGCGAGGCGUGCACGAGGCGUCGACGCUCGGACUCGUCACGAGCGACGCGGGGAGGACGAGGGAGCGUCGGAAGGGGACGGAUUGCGUGAUCGUCGUCGACGUCCAGAAUGACUUCGUGCCGCCGAACGGCGCGCUCGCGGUCCCGGGAGGGGACGAGAUCGUGGAGUCGUGCGCGCGAUGCGUAGAUGCGUUCGAGCGCGUGAUCUUGUCGCAGGAUUAUCACCCGAGUGGACACGCGAGUUUCGCGAGCGCGCACGAGGGGGCGAAGCCGUACGACGUGACGGAAUUGAGUUACGGGCAGCAGACGCUGUGGCCGGAUCACUGCGUCAUGGGCACCGAGGGGUGCGAGUUUCACAAAAGUCUUCCGAUUCCAUCGAGGUCGAUGGUGGUGCGAAAGGGGUUCGAUCGGGAGGUGGAUUCGUACAGCGCGUUUUUUGAAAACGAUAGAAAGACGGAAACCGGUUUGCGCGCGUACCUCGAAAGCGAGGGCGUCGAGCGCGUGUUCGUGAUCGGGUUGGCGUACGACUUUUGCGUGAAAUACACUGCGCUAGACGCGAAGCGGUUGGGGUACGAGGUGUACGUCGUUCGGGAUUGUUGCCGCGGCGUCGGUUUGCCGGGCUCGAUGGAGUCGGCUGAGGAGGAGUUGGCAGAGGCAGAUGUGCGGCUGAUCGAGAGCAUGCGCGAUGCGCCGCCGUGA